AGCGAACGGGCCGCCGUAGCUUCAGUAAGCGGAAGUGAGUGUGUUGUGGUGGGUUUGUUGUGACAGCGCCGAGUUAAUUUCCACAUUUUUCUCUUUUAAACUGUUUAAAAUUUCAGUCCUCACGCAUCUCACGUUAGAGUGUUUUUGGGAAUGGCCGCGGAGUUCCUGGUCAAGCUGUAUGAAUAUUCUCCUGUUUUCUACAUCAGCGUCAUUUCAGUCUGCUUCAUCAUCACCGCAGCGGCUCUGCUGGGCUAUGGGUUUGGCUUUGAUGUCCCGGUGAUCCUGCACAGCUCUGAUGAAGCGGAAUCUUUCUCCUCUGUUCCAGAGAAGAGGAUGGUGCAGGUUACCAAUCCCUUCGCUCUGGAGAUGGGCACAACAGCGGGCACAGUAGCGGAUGGAGUGGGUUUGCGGCCGUACUGUCUGGAGGACUGCAUGCUGAGCUGUUUUUGGGGCUGUGAAGUUCAGGCUCUUCAGACUGCGCUGCAGAAACACCAGCACGGACCCAGACUGUCCACACCGCACUCAUUCCAGGAGGCCCUGCAGUUUCACUACCUCCACUGCCAGACCUUUCAUGUACAGAAGGAGGAGAGGGAGGAGUGCUUUACUGAGCUGCCGGUGGAUGUCGGGGUGUGGGAUUUUGGGUCUGUCCCGCGGGAUCGUUAUCCGUUAGUGGCUGUUUUAACUUUGGCUAAUGCUGAGCACAGAGACUCUUACAAUAUAGUCGCCAGUGUAACGGUGGUCCAUGUUCCUGAUGAUAAAUACAGGCUGUCUGCGAGGAUUCUGUUUCAGUUUCUGCUCACGGCUCAGGGGAACAUGUAUGAUUUAAAGCCUCUCUUCAUGUCGACAGAUAACAGCGAGCAGUCUGGAUCCUCCAUGGCAGACCUUGGGCCACAGUCUAAACCACCUGAAGAGGAAGGGGAGGAGCCAGAGGAGGAAGAGGAGGAGCCAGGAGUGCCAGGCAGAGACUGUGUUGUGUGUCAGAACGCACCAGUGAACAGAGUGCUGUUACCAUGCCGACACACGUGCGUUUGUGACAGGUGCGUGACGCGGUUUCAGCACUGUCCGAUGUGCCGGGCUUUUGUGGUGGAGUCCUUCGCUUUGGCCAAUCAAACACUUCCUGAAGGUGAAGUGGAGGAGUGAAUUACGUUAUAUACUACGUUAUAUAUAAUCGAUAUCAGUGUUAGUGUUAAAGGAAUACUUCAGUGUUUUUUAUUUCUAUCUGCUACAUCUGCAGUGUACAGUCUAUUAUGAUGGAUAGUUAUUCCCCUGUAGAUGGUAAAGAAUACAAAACCCACUGACUCACAAAAACCCAUUGAAACUUUAUAAUAGAAGUCAAUGGACAGAUGCUCUGAAAUAUUAAAGGGACACUUCAGCCUUGUCCAACCUAUCUGUCCAACCUAUCUGUAGCACACAGUUCAUCACCACAGACAAUAACUAAAUUGUACUUGGAAAAGAACAGAAAAUGCAUCAUCUAAAACACAGUUAUAGUGGAAUGGCAGCUCACCUGAAGUGUUAAAGGGAUACUUCAGAAUUUUCCAAUCUAAUCUCUAUCUACUACAUCUGAAGUACAUAUGAUUUUAUGAUUUAAGAAUUGCCAUGUUCUUAUAAAGGAACAAAAAACUUUUAUAAUGGAAGUCAAAGGGCAGAUGCUCUGAAGUGUUACAAGAACAUUUUAGUACAUUUAAACCUAAUUUAUAUCUGCUGUAUCUGUAGCUUAUAGCUGAUUACCAGACAAUGAUUUCCCUGAACUUAUAAACAUAAAUAAAAUAAAGUAACUUAUUAUAACUGUGUUAUAAUAGAAGUCAGUGGGCAGAUGCUCUAAAAUAUUAAAGGGACACUUCAGUCUUGUGUGUAGCAGAUAGACUUUAAUGUAAAAUCGCUACAAUCAUUCAUUAAAGGAGCUGAUUCCUUUAUUUAUUUAUUUUUUUUGAGUGAUUGAAGGGCAUUUUGUAGCACCUUAAAGGAAAUGCAGACAGUGAACUCCGUGGUUGACUAAGAAGGACAUUUCAGAAAUUCAUGUUACAUAUUCAGAUUGUAAAAUAUGUAGAUAGUAUGGAUUUUUAUUUUCUUAUGUGUUUUUUUAAUAUGUAAAAUGGUUUAAAAGUGUUAAUUAAUCAUACCUAAAUUAAUAUGUAUGUACAUAUGUAUUUUAUUGUAUUACUAACUGCUGAGGCAAGAGGAGCUACUGCAUGUUUUCAUGUUUAUGUUUUCUUGCUGGAAAACGUUUUGGAUGAGACGCUUCAAGUCAGAAACUAAUUAAAAUCAAAGAUAGUGUUAAAAAACGGUUCAGUUAGAGGUGGGUGAUACGGCAAAAAUCUAAUAUCUUGAUACUUCAGGAAAUUUUCACGAUACACAAUAUUUGUUUCAGACAUCUGAUCAGUUGGAUAAGAGGAAAAAGAGCCAAUAGUGCUGCAUCCUAAAAUUGCUAACAAAAACUGUAAACACAACUAUUUUUGUUCAAUAUUUGGCACUAAAUCCAGUUAAACAGGACUAAUGUUGCUCUCUUUAUAAUGAAACAUGCAAUUGGUCAGUGUCUGCAAGUACUGACGAUAUACACAAUAUGUUCAGAAAAGCAUUGUUCAAACCAUUGUAUUCUAUUUUACUGCGACAUAAUCACAAUAAUGAUAUAUAUAUAUAUAUAUAUAUAUAUAUAUAGAUAUAUAUAAUGUGUGUGUGUGUGUGUGUCAUAUUGCCCAGCUCUAGGUUCAGUCUACUGUAAAAACUGCUGUAUAUACUCACUGUACCAUACUGAUUCCAUAGAAAAAAAUAAAAAUAAAUUCUGGACUUUUGAUUAAUGUGCUUAGUUUAUAAUAAGGCUGGGCCUUCUUAAAAAGGACUUAUUCAUCUUUGUUAUUUUAUCAUAAUUCAAAUUUACAUGAUUUCUUUUUUUGUUACUGUGCCUUUAAGACUGAUAUGAGCUGCCCUGUAUUGAACUUCAUUCAGGAAGCAGUCCAGGCUAAAAGACCCUGACUUCAGUGUUAGUGGGCAGGGCUAAACUGCUGUAGGCUGAACUGGAUGUUAAGGUUUUUGUGACAUCACAAAGAUAAAUUCAAAAUGUGCUGUUUCUGUACUUUCCCUAUAUGGACUGUAUUGACUGGGCAGUACAUUCAAAAUCUUUAGCAAUGUUUACAUACUGUUUCAAAGCAUUAUUAACAAAAUAAGCACAUAAAGCACCUGUUCAGUAUCAAACUUUAAUGAUUUGAUAAACAAGGCAGGAACAACGCUUUAUAAUCGGGACAUAGAGGGUUGUAGUAUGAUUUAAAUGUUGGAGGCUUACAGACGAGGCCAAUAGUCGAUGUGUUUGGACUACGGAACACACACGUUUCCCUACAGCUGAGCUCACGGGAUAGUAAAAUCCUGAUAGUAACAAUCAGAGGGAGCUGCUGGCUGUCACAGUUCACAAAACAUAAUAAAAAGAAAAGUUUUCUGCAACUGA